CUUCCAUAACAACUCAUGACUUUGUCCUAACACGCAAAACAAGCUCCAUAAAUUUGGAAACCUCUCCACAAAACAAUUGUUUUUUAAUCCAUUUCCUCCUCCUCCCCCACCACCUCCGAUCCACCGUCUCAGCCUGUUGCAAGCAGCCACCGCCACCUCUGACCCGCCUUCUCAACCUGUCGCCAGCAGCCACCCCGACCACCUAAAUAUGUCUAGUCUCAGGUCAAGGAGCGCAGCUACUACCGCCCCAGGUCCCGAUACAAGUGAGACCUCUUCGUUGAGAAGCGGUGACCAUUCUCACGAGGUGGAUCAGCCGGAGACCCCGAAGAGCAGCGAUGGGCCCCUCCUCCAUAGGCCACCGUCGAUGUCCCAGAGGGCCUUAUCACAGACACUGACGGGGACUGCAAACCUGGCUAACCUGCUCCCAACGGGGACCCUCUUGGCUUUCCAGCUGUUGACGCCCAUUUUCACCAGUAACGGCACAUGCGAUGCCGCCACGAGGCCCAUGACGAUCAUCCUACUCGGCAUACUCGCCAUCUCCUGCUUCCUCGCAUGCUUCACCGACAGCGUUCAGACCUCAGACGGGCAGGUCUACUAUGGAUUUGCAACCUCAAAGGGGAUGUUCCUAUUCGACACUGCUGCAACUGCCGCCACGGCUAGCCUGCCGGACUUGACAAAAAACCGGCGGACGUUCAUCGACUGGGUCCAUGCUAUACUGUCCGUACUUGUGUUUGGAGCUGUGGCUCUGAGGGACAGGAACGUGGUGAGCUGCCUCUACCCUGCGCCCGGGCAUGAGGUCCAAGAGGUGCUCGACAUAGUUCCUAUCGGGAUUGGACUCAUAUGCAGCUUGCUCUUCAUGGUCUUCCCCACGAGGAGGCACGGGAUCGGUUACCCCGUCACCCCUGGCAAAUAAUGGACCCGAAAUGGCCGAUUAAUGUGACAAAGAUGUAAUCAACAGCAAUAGCUCUCUCUAGAUAGCGCCAAUUUUUUACGUGCCUGAUAUUUUUCUUUCCAUUCGCUUAUCCGUUUAGAUUUCCUUUAUUUCGAAGUGUACAGAGAGAGAUUGCAGUGAUUUACAGAUGACUUCCAUUUAUUCAUAGGAAGAUAUAUACUGAUUCAGAUUACAUUGAUUUGAUCUUUAACUCAAGAAUUACAAGGGACUUUUUUGUUAUGUUGUGCCUCUUUAACUUAAUAUUAUGAUUGAUCUUUUGCUC